CUUGAUCUGAACGAUUCGAAACAACUCUAUUUUUAAGAAAUGUAAAAAAUGUAAAUUGCAACAAUAAAUUAACUGUAAAUAUCCAAAGGCAACGUGCACAAUACAAUUUCAAUGUGAAUGGUGUGCGCGCAAACAAAUUGCAAACGCAACAGCAGCCGCAACAAUAAUAACAUCAACAAAACGAGCGACGACAACAGACAAACAGACGUCGUAGUCGUAGACCAAUUGCAAUUGCAACAAUUCGAUGAACAACUUCACAUUCAUAUCCAACAAACAUCAAAAGAGGGAAACCAAUAGAAUCCUGCGAAGAGGAAGAAGCAAAUUAAUUAUAUCGUGUUGUUGUGGUGCAGAAUGGAACAGGAUUCCACAACUGAGCUGCAUCUGAGCAGAAUACGUGAAGUGAAAGAUUUGGCCGCAUUAACCGAAGACGUGCGCGAUGUUGUGAAAGAAGAGGUCAUAUUAGAGAAUCACCAUCAUCAUCAUCAGUUGGAUACGAAAGUUCGCAUGGUCACAUCCUCCUCAAACGAUAAUAGCGGCAGCGGAGGCGGCGUCGGCGGCGGCAGCAGUCAACAAAGCGGUGGUGGCGGUGUUGUAUCAGUGCCCGUAUCCCUGCCAAUUGGUUCAAUGAUAACUGGCACGGCCUUUAAUGUGAUUACCCCCGAUCAGUUGCCGCACUUUAAACCGAUGCUGUGCGUCGACAACAAUGGUUACCUGUCCAGCAGUACGGUCAGCAUGGGCGGUGACCUCAAAACGAUUGUCAUACAGCAGCAACAACAGCAACAACAACAGCAGACACAGACAAGCGGCAAUAACAGCGCUGGGAAUACAAAUACCACCGCCACAAAUACCAUUGGACUGAAUCACGAUGGCUCUGGUAGCAAUAAUAGCCAUGAUAGCAUGGGAACGCUCGAGCAUGCUGCUGGCGGCGGCAAUGGUGGCGGUGCUGGCAACACAAGUGGCUCCACCGGCUGGGCGGAAACCACAUCCAGCACACAGCAUAUGGAGGUCUUCCAGAUACGCUGUAAAACCACCUGCGCCGAAUUGUAUCGCAGCAAACUUGGUUCCGGCGGCCGAGGACGCUGUGUUAAAUAUAAAGAUAAAUGGCAUACACCCAGCGAAUUUGAGCAUGUCUGCGGUCGUGGUUCCAGCAAGGAUUGGAAGCGCUCCAUCAAAUAUGGCGGCAAAUCUCUGCAAUCCCUCAUCGAUGAGGGCACGCUUACGCCGCACGCAACCAACUGCAGUUGCACAGUCUGCUGUGACGACGAAGCAGGUGAGUCAGCAUCCGGUCCUGUGCGUCUUUUUACGCCCUAUAAGAGACGGAAGCGAAAUCAAACCGAUCUCGAUGUAGAGCCUGGGCCCAAACGUAAACGCAAUACGCAUAGCAACAAUAAUAAUAAUAACAAUAAUAGCAACACCAACAACAACAAUACAAGCGGCAGCAGCAUUAACAAUAACAACGUGGACCCAACGCAACAAGCAGCCGCUAGUGUUGUCGAUGAGAGCAAUAUGUUCUUAGCGGAAGAUAAUAUAACGUCCAAGGACGAACCAUGGGCGGCGCUCAAUGACAGUUUAGACACCUCCACCGAGCUGGUUGACCAGACGCAAAUGGGCAAUCCGUAUGAGCGUGAAACGUUUGUGGUUAACAUUAACGAUACGGGCUCCAUUGCCGUCCUGGAUAGCAGUCAAUCGAUGAAGAACAUCGAGCAUGUCUACUGCACCAUGGUGAAGGCAACCGGCGAUUUUAAACGCCUGCUCAACGAUAUGAAACAGAAUUAUGAGCGACGCAUCGAGGUACUGCAAAAGGAACGUGAUGCGGCGGUCAGUGCGAUGCGUGUCCAGGUCCACACAGACAUGGAUGAUCCCAACAUAUCGGGCUCAUUGCAUGGCAACGAGAUCAUAUCGGCAAAGAAAUGCGCCAACUGUAAUCGGGAAGCGUUGGCCGAGUGUUCGCUGUGUCGAAAGACGCCGUAUUGCUCGGAGUUUUGCCAGCGAAAGGAUUGGAAUGCUCAUCAGGUGGAAUGCGCAAGGAAUCCACAAACGACAACGCAACAGGUCAUGUUAUUGAUCGAUGAUCAGUCCUAAGCAACGUAACGAAUUGUACAUACAAAUUUUACUACUAAUUAAUAUAUGAUUAUGCAAGGCCCCUACGUCCCAAUGUCUCCCCAUCCCGACCCGCACUCCCAAAACGAUAGCACCUAUCAGAUUAGUCUGCUCCUGCCCAGUUUUUCCCCUCAUCCUUAGCAGGCCUUCCCAAUUAGACUUAUGUCCUAUAAUAAUGUAAUUCUUAAACGUACAUAUUAACUAUAUAAAUAUAUGUAUAUAUAUUUAUAUAUACAUUUUACUAUCGAACGUAGACAAAAAGCAACAAAAAAGUAAUCAGAAAAUAAUUCUAGCAAGCGUAUAAAUCAAAGCAAGUGUCCAUGUGAAGGACGACUUGGCAUAGCGUAAAUGGAAAAGUUUUAGCUACGAUUUGAUAGAAUACAACCAGAAAAAAAUCCGAUACAAAAAACGAAGAAACAACAAAAAAAAAAACAAAUAACAAAACAACUUAACUUGUAAUUCAAUUUAAAUUAAAUUUAUAAAUAGUUGCAAAGCGCAUAGUAUAAACACAACCGGUAGAACUCCUCCUCCGCCCCCGUCCCUUCAUCCUGGACCCCCCGAAAAUGUCCCUUUCUCCAUAUUUUCCUUUCUGCUUGACAACUUUUUGCAUAAACAAAAACAAAAGAAAACAAAGUAAAACAACAAAAAGGAAAAAACCAAAAGCGAGGGAUAAGCAGUUAAGCAGAUUAAGCCGAAAUACAAUACAUAUUCGUCUAUGUAUACAUUUUUCAUUAGACACUAAGCACAUAGUUAAACUUUUAACAUUUUACGAUUAUAAUUUCUAUGGAUCUACUGCCCGUCGUUACAAGCAUCCAAUAAAGAUUUCAAAAUAAAAUAAAAAAAAAACGAUGUGAACACAGAGAGACAAGCAAACAAACACACACACACACGCAUACAGACGUACAUUUUUAAUUAUAAAUAAUUUACAUAAAUUGUGUGUGUACAUUUUGAGUGUCGUUUUCCGAUUUCCUUUGUAAAGUUCUUUGACGUCCCCUCCUCCGUAAGCAGCUGUAACAAUUUCUAGUAGUCUGUAGUCCAUAUGCAAGUACAUUCAUAUAUACUUAUGUAUGUAGUAUAUAUAUAUAUACAUAUAUAUAUAUAUUUAAACUAGCUAUAUAUUCCGGUUCACACAGAUACAACAAGAGACACACACAGAAACAGACCCACAGAUAAAAAGCAGAUUAUACAGAUCAUGAUGAUUCGUAUCCAUUAUCGAUUCGAAUUUGAAAUCUUUGUUCUCAGAUGUCUGUAACGUUAUCGGAAGAACAACACAGCACACCCAAACACACACAUAUACACCUAAACACACACACACAAGCAGAGAAAGAGUGCUGAAGUAUCAAUGCGAGAUGAUUGAAAAGAUUUAAGAAAAAAUGAUGAAGAAAAAUAUAUACAUACAUUUAAAUG